AUGGCAAAACAGGCGCUCACCACUUCCAAAUUCCUGGCAAGCCCGAGCCAUCUGGCCGUUGUUGCAGCAAAGUAUUCCUGUGGGGCACCCAUAGGCGGUGCCGAGCAUGGUCCUGACGCCUUAAUUGACGCAGGGAUCUUCUCAGAAAUCGAAUCAAAAACAAAGUACAAGUGCACCAUCGACCACAUCGCUCAAAGCGGCACUUUCGGCAACACGAACGAAGCGCACGAUGCAGACCCUGACAUCAACGGCAUGAAACGACCGCGCGCGGUCAGCCUCGCUUCAAAACAGAUCAGUGAGUGCGUCUAUGCCCACGCACGAGAGGGAAAGUUCGUGAUGACUCUCGGCGGAGACCAUUCGAUCGGAAUCGGCACCGUCACCGGGAUCGCACGGGCUAUUCGCGAGCGAUUCGGUGGUUCCGAGCUCUCAGUUCUCUGGAUAGACGCACAUGCCGACAUCAAUACCCCCGAGACGAGUCCCAGUAGACGAAUCCAUGGAAUGCCUGUCGCAUUUGCCUCGGGACUAGCCCAGUCGCCAACGGGACACAGUGUUUUCGACUGGAUCACGGCGUCGCAUUUAAUCAAUCUCAAACGAUUCGUGUAUAUCGGCCUUCGCGAUGUUGAUGAAGCCGAGGAACGAAUUAUUGCGGAGAAUGGGAUCAAGGCAUACAGCAUGGAUGAUGUGAGACGAUACGGCAUCGUAAAAGUCAUGGGUCUUGCACUGGAGUAUCUUGGAGACGAGACUCCGAUCCAUGUGUCCUACGACAUCGAUUCACUCGAUCCCGAGUGGGCUCCCUCGACUGGGUUCCCUGUUACUCCGGGGUUGUCUCUUGAAGAGGGGAUCCAUAUCUCGCGCCGGCUUCAUGCUACUGGGAAUCUUGUUGCGAUGGAUUUGGUGGAGGUUAAUCCGUUGGUUGAGCCGGGGAAAUUGGGGACGACUGUUAAGUCUGCUGGUUCUGUGAUUCAAGCUGCUCUGGGGGUUGCAGUCUGA